AUGGAUCACCCAGUAAGUCAACCCUCCUCAACCAAGGUUGAAAGAAGGCUUGUUGAGAAAAACAGAAGAAACCAGAUGAAGAUCCUCUACUCCAAACUCUACUCUCUUCUCCCUAGCUAUAACCCUAAGGAAGCGUUGCCGUUGCCUGACCAAGUAGACGAGGCAAUCAACUACAUCAAGAGUUUGGAAGCAAGGGUGAAGAUGGCGAAGGAGAAGAAAGAGAGCUUACAGGGAAGGAAAAGAUCACGUGGUGACAUCUCAAGUAGUGCUUUUGCUGCAGCGGGUUUUGCAAAAUCGCCACAACUUGAGAUUCACGAAAUGGGUUCUUCUCUAGAAGUUGUUCUCACGUGUGGGUUAGAUAACCAGUUCAUUUUCUAUGAAAUCAUUCGAAUGCUGCAUGAAGAGAAAAUUGAGGUUAGAAGUGCCAAUUCCUCACUGGCUGGAGAUUCAGUGCUUCAUGUUGUGCAUGCAGAGAUUCCGCAAUCCUUUCUUCAAUUCGGAGCAACCAAAGUAAGUGAGAGAUUGAAAAGGUUUGUGAAUGGAUCGUCCAGUGACGUGGAAAUUCAGCCCGAGUUGUGGGAUUUUGAAUAUGGUACUGAUGAUAUGUGGAGUUUCUAA